UUUGUCAUGUCACGAACGCCAUUGCAAUUGUAUUGCAUUUCGAUUUGGGUACUUUGGGAUUUGUAAUUUCUUAGGCCUUUGAUUAGGCACUAUUACUGUAAUAAGUACAAAAAUAUCAAAGCGCGAUGAGUGAAUUGGUAUGGGGCAUUAAAAAUGGUGAUAUAGACCAAGUAAAAGAUAUUGUAGAAAACAAGAAAAUUGAUGUAAAUGCUCUGAUCGACGGCCGCGUCCCACUCCAUUAUGCAGCUGACUAUGGACAAACUGUAGUCCUAAACUACUUAUUGGACAAAGGAGCAGACCCCAAUAUGAUUGAUAAACAUGGCAUAUCAGUGCUGCUGGCUGCCAUAUGGGAAGGUCACACAGACUGUGUAAAAAUGUUACUCAAAAAUGGUGCUUCUAGAGAUGGAAAAACCCCAGAUGGUACACCAUACCUCGAAGCUGCAGAGAAAGAUGAAAUCAAGGAGUUAUUGACAAAAAUAUAAUGAAUUGUCAAAUGUUUCAGAACUUGUAUUGUUGUAAUGCUAAGAUGCAAACGUAGAUCAAACAUAAAAUUAAUCUUUAUAUUGUCUAUUUUUACAUGCAUUUAUUUAGAUUGCAAUGAAUUAUUUUUAUAUGCUCGAGAUUUAAAAUCAACCUAACAUGUAUUUUUAUUGUGCGUCCAUUUAUAGUAUUUAUUUCAACUAUUACUGAAGGCCUGGGUCAAUUGAAAUCUUUUUGUCAGAUGUUUAAUUAGUCUGGUAUUAGAUUUUCGCGUAGUCCAUUUCUAAAAUUAGCAUAUAAAUUAUUUAAUCAUAAGGUAUGUAAUUCCAAAACUUCAACUAAGAUGUAAUUUUUAUUGCUUAAA